GGGUUGCUUUGCAAUAUCAACCUGACAGCCUUUUAGCAGCGCUCAGUGUGAGCUGGGACUCACCCUGUCAGACUGCUACGUCUGUGUCUGCAUCGACCAUACCGAAGACGGGAGAUUUUGUUUUUUUUGUAGGUGUUUUUGUUUCAACGGAAUCGGACUCACCUUCCGAUCUGCAUCUUUAAACAGCCUCAGCAUGGCAAAAAGGAAGAUGGAGAGUGUCUGGAAGAAUGGAAUAGUGGUACUUGCGCUGAUGUGCUCUCUGCUGGACUGCCAAAUAUGUGUGCGGGCGAGUCUUGAUGUCAAUGAAACUCAGCAGCACCAUCCAGCUAAUGUGUACCAUGACAUAGGACUCACCAGGAACAAGAUAGUCACAGCACAGUUUGAGUGCUACCAAAAGAUAAUGAAGGACAACCCAUCCGACAGACAAGAGCCCAUGUGUAAUCGCACUUGGGAUGGGUGGUUGUGUUGGGAUGACACCAAGGCAGGCGUCAGCUCAGAGCAGCACUGCCCAGACUACUUCCAGGAUUUUGAUCCUUCAGAAAUGGUUACAAAGAUUUGUACCGACAGCGGCCAAUGGUUCUUGCAUCCCGAGAGCAACCGCACAUGGACCAACUACACUCGCUGCAAUGAACACACCAGUGAAGGCAGAGUGACUGCAAUGAAUCUUUUCUACCUAGCUCUCAUUGGACAUGGACUGUCCCUGACCUCGCUGUUCGUCUCUCUCGGAAUAUUCUUCCACUUCAAGAGUCUUAGUUGUCAAAGGAUCACACUUCACAAAAACCUCUUCUUUUCUUUUGUGCUCAACUCUGUGAUUACCAUCAUUUGGUUAACCGCAGUUGCAAACAAUCAAGAACUUGUGCAGAGGAAUCCAACAAGCUGCAAAGUGUCACAAUUCAUUCACCUAUACCUGUUUGGUUGCAAUUACUUCUGGAUGUUGUGUGAGGGAAUAUAUCUACACACACUUAUCGUGGUGGCUGUGUUUGCUGAGAAGCAGCACCUGAUGUGGUACUAUCUUCUUGGCUGGGGUUUCCCUCUUAUUCCUGCUUCCAUUCACGCAAUUGCAAGAAGUUACUACUACAAUGACAACUGUUGGAUUAGCUCCAAAACAUCACUCCUCUAUAUCAUCCACGGCCCCAUCUGUGCUGCUCUCCUGGUUAAUCUGUUCUUCCUGCUCAACAUUGUGAGAGUGCUCAUCACUAAGCUAAAGGUGACCCAUCAAGCAGAGUCGAGUCUCUACAUGAAAGCAGUGAGAGCCACACUCAUCCUGGUGCCGCUUUUGGGAAUCCAGUAUGUCCUGCUUCCAUACAAGCCAGAGGGACGAGUUUCCUCAGAAAUAUACGACUACAUCAUGCACAUACUAAUGCACUACCAGGGUCUGCUGGUGGCCACCAUCUUCUGCUUUUUCAAUGGCGAGGUGCAAGCAGUUUUACGGAGGCACUGGAACCAGUACAACCUCCAGUUUGGCAGCAGUGUAGGAAAUCAUUCGGAUGCCCUGCGCUCAGCCUCCUACACAGCUUCCUCCAUCACAGAGGUCCAAGGCUGCUACAGCAUCGACGGCCACUCUGAACACAUGAAUGGCAAAGGCUGCCAUGACACAGAUGCUUCCAUCUUCAAAUCGGAAAACCCCUUCGACUGACCGUGCUCUUUACUCAACUUUCAACAGGUUUGACACCAAUAGCUUCCAACUACGGAGACUGGGCUCUUCAUCAAAUUUAUCAAGUCAGCACUGAAGGAAAAUGACUUCAUACUCUUUCUCUAAAUGCUUUUAUUGUUGCAGUUAAAGUACGUUACAAAAUGCUUUUGACUUGGUUAGUGCCAAACUGACAAAUCCUUACCUUCCUUAUUCAUUGCUACUUUUUCCAUACAUAACAGACCAUAGGAUGUUUUAUAUAUAAUAUAUUAAUUUUAUAUCAUAUAUAAUUCAUAUUGAUGAAGCCUGUGUUAUUGUAGUUGAUAUAAUGAUGAUAAUGUAGUUUUACUUCAUUAAUACAGUGUUUUGCAUUCUUUAGGAAAUUUAACAUACAUUGUUAAGGCAUUUAUUGUUUGUUUCAUUUGUGUCUAUUGUAACUUGAACUGUAGGGUGUUGGUCCGGAAGCUGCAUUGUUGUUUUUUAGCUUUUAUUCCUUUUUUUUUUUUUCCAACGAUGUGAUGAGUAUAGCAAUCUCUUGGAUGUAGUGUGGGCUCAGAAGUCACUAAUUAUCUUGGGCUUUCCUUGUCAUGUUCGAUAGAUGACAGCACUGGCGAGACAACUGGUGUGCUUUAAAGGGGACCUAUUACUCUUUUCUGACCUAUAAAUGUUGUUACAAUGUUGUAUUCUCGUGUUAAACGAUGCCAACGUGUCGGAUAAUGAGGUUUGCGCAUUUGGAAGUGAGCACUACAAGCAGUUUUUGGAUGGCUCUGCACACUGAGUUUUUUUUAAAUGCCUAGUUCCAACGAUGUCAACACAAUCCGGACUUCCUUAUAUGCCCAGGUACACACUCUAGGCCUGCCCUCUCCCCGCUCUGCUUCGCUCUGUUGUCGAAGAUUUCACCGUGUUAGCACGUUGAGCAAUGAAAGCUAAUUUAGUUUAGCUUUCCUAAAGAGGCAAGCAUCAGGCAGAAGUGGUUGGUGUUGCUGAUUCCCGGCCAGCAAGAGAACAAUAUGCUCAUACGCUAAUGGCACUUCACAUGGGACUGCGAACAUGGGCCAUUAUGAAGCUGGACUAUGCGCCAAACUGUUGCUGAAGUCUGGCGCCUUUCCAACGUUACUUUGCCGUGUUGAAGAGUCAGAAGAGCAAGCUGUAAGUAACAAUUUAUCAGUGUCCUAACUGUGUUUAUUUUGUGUAAGUAACCAGACAAACGCGGUUGUCUGUGUCGCAUUAUAGAGUGUGCAUACAUGGAGCGGAAGGAGUGUUAUUUGCAUGCAUGCAAACAUAUAUGGCUGUAUGUUAAAAGCUGAACAUUUUAAAAAGAUAAAUUGCCAUUUACUGUCAACUCCUGUACCGACAAAAUUAGAAAGUGGGUUGUCCGGAAGUCCUCCGGAGUGUGACCAAUCACAGCGGAGUGGGCUCGGCGGGAGGCGUACUUGGAGGAGGGCCGGGGGUGGAAUAAAUUACACCGACCAUUUGGACGGGAAGCAGGAAACCCAAGGAAACACUGCAGGAAGAGGCAGAGUCUGGAAGAACCAGAAAGCUUUCUGUGCGGGUUAUCGUGUGUAGCUGCUCUAUAGGAGUCCAGAACUCAAUAGAAAGGCCCAAAAAUGAAUGCAAUAGGUCUCCUUUAAGUGAAAAGUUACAUUUAGACACUCUUGAACAAAAUCUUAAGACGGGUAGAAAAUUGCAAGGACAGUGGAACCUCGGAUUUCAUCAUUAACUCGUUCGAAAAGGUCCAACGAAAACUGAAACGUAUGGAAAACCAAGACAAAAUCAAAAUAAUUUGUUCCAGACAGCCAUCCAUCCAUCUUCUUCUGCUUAUCUAAGGUUGGGUCGCGGGCCUAGCAGCCAAAGACGAGAAGCCCAGGCUUUCCUCUCCUGACUGCUUUGUCCAGCUCCUCCCGGCGGAUCCUGAGGUGUUCCCAGGGUAGCUGAGAGACAUAGUCUCUCCAACGUGUCGUGAAUCUUCCCCUAGGCCUCUUACCAGUCGCAUCCUGACAAGCUGCCUGAGCCACCUCAUCAUCUCCUCACAAUUCAGAAGCAGUUCUACUCCGAGUUUCUCCUGGAUGACAGUGCUUCUCACCCUAUCUCUAAGGAAGAGCCCAGCAAUCCUCCAAAGGAAGCUCAUUUCGUCUGCUUGUACCUGCUAUCUAGUCCUUUUGGUCACUACACAAAGCUCAUGACCAUAGGUGAGGGUAGGACCGUAGAUCGACUGGUAAAUUAAGAGCUUUGCCUUUCGGCUCAACUCCCUCUUCAUUGGGGGACUGAUGCAGAGUCCGCAUCACUGCAGAUGACGCACAAAUCCACCUGUCGGUCUCACAUUCCAUCCUUCCCUCACUCGUGAACAAGACCUCAUCCUCGACCUGGAGAUGGCACUGCACCAUUUUCCAGGCGAGAAAUGUUGAACUCGGACGUGGAGGUGCAGAUUUUCCUCCACGCCGCUUCACACUAGGCUGCAAACUGAUCCAGCGAGAGCUGAAGAUCACUGCUUGAUGAAGCAAGCAGCACCACAUCAUCUGCAAAAAGCAGAGAUCCAAUACUGCAUCCACCAAACCGGAUCCCCUCAACGCCCUGGCUGCAGAUAGAAACUCUUCACAAAGGUUAUGAACAGAAUCAGUGACAAAGGGCAGCCCUGGCAGAGUCCAACACUCACUGGAAACAAGGUGUUUCUCACCUUCUUUAUCAAAGUUCUGGCACUUUGAUAGCACUCAGAGUUAUGCAGUCUACUUGAGCACUUGAACAUACAUGAUAAAGAUUAUUAAAGGAUUCCCUGGUCGGAAUCUGUCUAUAGUGUUCCAGCUUUAAAAAGAACCACUAUCCAUUCUUCAUAUUCACCUAAUAUGUGAAUGUUUUGUUUGGGCACCCGACUAGUUUGUUAGGCGCACUGUGUGGCCGGACGAUAACCGAGACUGUGUAUGAAAAUCACGACAAUAAUUUUCGUUGAAAACCAAAUCCUGGAAAAACCGAGGUUCCACUGUAUUCAGAUUUUGUAACCAGAUGAUAAGUAGAGCAAAAAACGGUUGAUUGUAAGAUUGAACAAGGCUGAGUUGUCUGAUGAAAGGAACAUGAUGCUUUAGGUCAAGAUUGAAUGAUUCUGGUGCACUUUUAGUUUUGCACACAAAAAGUGGGUUUUGAAAAUGCCCCUAAUUUAGCACUCUUGAUUUGUUAAGCACAUUCUCCGUAGUGCUGGCAAGAUCAGCAGUAAACAUGAGCUAUUUUGUUCUGCAAAGAAGAGUGAGACGUGUGUGAGAAUGGUUUAUUUUACAGUGGAGUAUAAUAUACCCAGAAGCCUUCAAGCAUGAAGUAUUACCUGACGUUAGGGGGGAAAAAUUCAACGACGGACAAGGACAAGGACCCUGAACUGUCUGGCUUUAUUGUUUGCCAUCACACUUUGUAGUUUCUCACGUCUUUAUGUUUGGACCCUCUCUGUGAGCUGUCAUAUUAUCAAAAAAAAAAUAAGUCAAUUUUGUAAAUAGUUUCUUCCACCCUGCACUGUGAAAGUAUCAUUCGUUUUGCCUUCAAAUUUUUCUUAUUUUGGACACAGUAACUCUUGUUGUAAGUUAGUAAAGGCAGGAUUUUUUUUUUUAUUAUUAUUUUAGCAGUAGCAAAUUCUCUUAAAUUUGUGGAUUAUAUGUGUGUAUUAUAUAACAGUUAUGAUUGUAAUAUACACAAAACACAUGUAUUCAGAAUUCUGUACAUUUUAAGUAGAUUUUAAAUGAAUUUUCUUACAUUAUUUGCAGGUAAUUUUUACUGCAAAGGCUUUACGUACAAUGACAGAUCAUGGAAGCUCCUGGAACCAAUUGAAGAUAGCGUGUACAGCUGGGGACAUUACGGCAACUCAAAUGUGUAUUUAUGUACAGUUUGACUUCUUUUUAUGAUGCUACAAAUAGGUUGUGGAGUGUCAGCGACACUUUGGUAUCAUGGUGUAAAGUGCUAUGAGAAAAGCAUUUGAGACAGUGUCUUGUCAUUUAUGUUUAUAAAGUGUACUGUAUUAUACCGGAGUCAUUUCAUUUUCACUCAACCCUGCUGUUUGAAUGUAACGAUUGUUUCAACUUCUGGAUGUGAAAAACCUAUAUAUACUGUACGUACAGAGUCUUUUUUUAAUUAUUCCACUGUAUUAAAUGAUGUUGCUACAUCUUCACACUACCACAUUAUAGGACAGCACUACAAAACCUUGUUCUUUGCAUUUUUUAGUCACUUCUGUUUGUUUUGUUGAAUGAAUAUAAUGCACCACCACUUUGUUACACUGACCUAAUAAAGGUAACUACAGUAUUGAUUGUUGCUCUUCAU